AAAGCAAACUCCCUAAUGUUUGCUUUCCAUUUGAAUGCUCAGUCACAAUCACUGAACUUAAUUCCUCUGCCUAUAUAUACACAUUACCUCAUAACCUUCUUUACAAAUUUUCUUUACUGUUUUUAAUACACAAACAAAUAGUCAUAUCCACAUGGCUAUUUUCUUCAGAAAUAUUAUUCCUACUCUCUUCUUGCUCAUUAUCUUUCUUGCAUUUUCUUCUCACCCUGUCUCAGCUCGACCUGCCGCUUUCCUUCAGGACUUUAGAGUGACAUGGUCUGAUUCCCAUAUCAGGCAAAUUGAUGGAGGGAGAGCUAUCCAACUCGUCCUUGACCAGAAUUCAGGAUGUGGGUUUGCCUCUAAGAUGAAGUACUUGUUUGGUCGUGUUAGCAUGAGAAUCAAGCUUGUUCCCGGAGACUCUGCCGGAACAGUCACGGCCUUUUAUAUGAACUCAGACACCGACAGUGUAAGAGAUGAACUGGACUUUGAAUUCUUGGGGAACAGAACUGGACAGCCAUAUACUGUCCAAACAAAUAUUUAUGCUCAUGGAAAAGGUGAUAGAGAACAAAGAAUUAAUUUGUGGUUUGACCCUUCUUCAGACUUCCAUCUCUAUACUAUUCUCUGGAACCAUCACCAUAUCGUCUUCUAUGUAGAUGACGUGCCUAUAAGAGUUUUCAAGAAUAAUGAAGCAAGAGGAAUCCCAUACCCUAAGUUCCAGGCUAUGGGAGUGUACUCAACAUUAUGGGAAGCAGAUGAUUGGGCAACAAGAGGUGGACUAGAAAAAAUUGAUUGGAGUAAAGCUCCAUUUUAUGCAUACUAUAAGGAUUUCGACAUUGAAGGAUGUCCAGUUCCUGGACCAGCAAACUGUGUCUCAAAUCCAAGAAAUUGGUGGGAAGGUGCUAAUUAUCAAGCCCUAAGUGCCAUGGAAGCUAGAAGAUACAGAUGGGUUCGUAUGAACCACAUGAUCUAUGAUUACUGUACAGAUAAGUCUCGAUACCCAGUCGCCCCACCAGAGUGCAGUGCCGGAAUCUAAACUUCUAGCAGGAAAGAAAAAUAAGCACAACCCAUGAAGCAAUUUGGUACAUAUACAAUGAUAUGUCAAUUACAAUUACAUAUACUCUUAACGUUUCAUUUUAUGUUUAUGUUACACGCACGCACGUGUUCUAGUACAAUAAAUAAUAUUACCAGCCAUGCAAGUUAGGGAGGGAAUAAAGAGGAAUAACAAAAAAAAAAAAAACUCAAUUAGUUAAAUAUCUCUUGUGGGUUUGAUUGAUUUUCAAAGUGAAGAGAAGAUAAAGUCAAUAUGUACACAAUUGUAAGCAGAAGUAUUUGUACAUGGUGCACAGAAUUAUUCUGUGCUGAAUAAUAAAAAUAAAAUAGAUUUGGUGUUCAAUUUCAAA